AUCUCUUCCACUCCCACCACCCAAAAGAGAAACAAAAAAAAUUCAUUACCCUAAAACCAAGCUAAGUAUUAAGAUGCCUGCCGAUAGCUCUUCAGUUUCAGGCCAUGGCCAAACUGUUUGUGUCACCGGAGCUGGAGGCUUCAUUGCUUCCUGGAUUGUCAAACUGUUGCUAGAAAGAGGCUACAUUGUUAGGGGAACCUUGAGAAACCCAGAUGACCCAAAGAAUGCUCAUUUGAGGGAGCUUGAAGGAGCUCAAGAUAGGUUGACUUUACGUAAAGCUGAUCUUCUUGACAUUGGGAGCCUUAAAGAAGCCAUCAACGGCUGUGAUGGCGUUUUUCACACAGCAUCACCGGUUACGGAUGACCAAGAACAAAUGAUGGAGCCUGCGGUGAAUGGAACGAAAAAUGUGAUUGUUGCAGCAGCAGAAGCCAAGGUUAAAAGGGUUGUGUUCACGUCGUCAAUUGGUACAGUGUACAUGAACCCCACCAGGAGCCCUGAUGUGGUGGUCGAUGAGUCAUGUUGGAGCAACCUUGAAUAUUGCAAGAACACCAAGAACUGGUACUGCUAUGCGAAAACAGUGGCAGAGCAGACAGCUUGGGAAGAGGCCAAGGAGAAAGGGGUGGAUUUGGUGGUGGUGAACCCAGUUUUGGUACUCGGACCACUUCUCCAACCAACCGUCAACGCUAGCAUCAUCCACAUCCUCAAGUACCUCACAGGCUCAGCCAAGACUUAUGCCAAUGCUGUGCAGGCCUAUGUGCAUGUUAGGGACGUGGCUCUGGCCCACAUUCUGGUGUAUGAAACUCCAUCUGCCUCGGGAAGGUACCUUUGUGGUGAGAGUGUGCUUCACCGUGGAGACGUGGUAGAAAUCCUAGCCAAGUUCUUCCCAGAAUACCCAAUUCCCACCAAGUGCUCGGAUGAAGUCAAACCAAGAGUAAAACCAUACAAGUUGACAACCCAGAAGCUACAAGACUUGGGCGUGGAGUUCACUCCAGUGAAACAGUGCCUAUAUGAAACUGUUAAGAGCUUGCAGGAGAAGGGCCACCUUCCAGUGCCUAAACCACAAGAAGAUUCCAUUAAAAUUCAAUCUUAAAUCUUGUAAGAAUAUUUGCAAUGCGUGACCUAUGUAUUUGCGGCGGAGAUAAACGUUGCAAUGGUAUUUUAAUAUCAGAUGACAAG